AUGAGUUUAGAGGACACAAUGACCAUGAGUGCUCAAGAUGAUGCGCAUUUAAAUAUGCAGGCAGCUCCUAAAAAAAGGUUUCUGACCAUGGCAGAAGUUGACGCUCAAGCCAUUGAGGCGGACAAGUCCAUCGAGUUUAUCUUACCUAGCGAAUUUCCAGUAUUUAUGAGUCGACCUGGCUACCAGUUUAUAUUUUAUAGCGCAACCUGGUGUAAAUACUGUAAAAGGCAUGCAUCUGAUACCCUUGCUUACUGCACCAACGAAGAGCAAUUCUGUACAACUAAUAGCGCAGACGGUUAUCCUACAAUGUUUUUGUAUAAAGAUGGUGGUUUUGUAGAGGAGUACGUUGGCGAACUUUUAGUAAGGAACAUGCUGCAAUACCUUGUAGAUAAGAUUGGCGAUAUGCAACGUGCUAUACAUCAGCAAUCAGAGGAUUCCAAACCUCAUAAUGAAUUAUAA